CAUCGCGCCUCCACCCCAACCCCCGACAGGAAGGAGUUGUCAGGCUACCCUCGCAAGGACUCGAUGACCUCCUGGAGCUUCGGGGAGACGCCCGAGGCCCGGGGCCACGGCCCGAAGCAGCCGCCCGGUCCGUGCUCCUCUCGGCCACUCCGGCCGCCGACAAUCCGCACGGCCCGCGCCCGCCCGGUGAUGCCAGCCGUGCCGCACCGCGGGGCGCUGUCUCUGGCUCAAGUAUCCUACAACAGCCCCCCGCUGUACCCGCUCCGCCGGCUCGACCGUUUCUGCCCGCUGGAGCUGCCCUGGGGCGGCCCCCACUGGAAACCCGAGUCAGGCAUCUACAGCGCGCCCCAAGCCUACAGCACCGAGAACUUCAACUACGGCAGCUUAAAGCCGGCGCUGGUCUGAGCCGGACGGGCCAGCCCCGGCCUGGACACGCCCCCAAGCGGGGGGCGGUGCCGAGCCUGGAAGACUGGGACCAGGGGUACACUGGGUGGGGCUAAGAGGGAAGGCCG